ACGGGGCUCGCCUUUAUAACCGCCGCCAGGCUUGCGGCUCAGCAGAGCAGCCCGGCCACGCGUCACUAACGUCCCGGCUCACCAACGUCCCUGAUCCCGCGCACCUAACCGCCACCGUGUCUUCGGGCCGCCAUGGGGGGCCCGCGCUGUGCCCCGUUACUGCUACUUCUGCUGCUACAGUUGAUGCUCACACCACCCGCCGGGGAUGCCGCGGUCAUCACCGGGGCUUGUGACAAGGACUCUCAGUGUGGAGGAGGCAUGUGCUGCGCUGUCAGUAUCUGGGUUAAGAGCAUAAGGAUCUGCACACCUAUGGGCCAAGUGGGAGACAGCUGUCACCCCCUGACUCGGAAAGUUCCAUUUUGGGGGCGGAGAAUGCACCACACUUGCCCCUGCCUGCCAGGCUUGGCAUGCCUCAGGACUUCUUUCAACCGGUUUAUUUGUUUGGCCCGGAAGUGAUCAGUCUGAAGUAGGAACUUGAAGUGUGAACCUCCGCUGCACGGUGUCUGUCACAUCUCACUUGUGAUUGUGUCAAACAAAGAAUAUGCCAGAAAGAAGUGUUCUUACUCCCUCAACUUUCCAAGUAACUUUUUUCUUUCUUUUUCUUUUUUGAAAGAAGGUUUUGAUU